UAUACAUCGAUCCUUUCAACUAAAACUCUCUCAGCCAGUAAGCCAGCUCAAGAGAGUGAGAGCUCUCUCUUGUUUUCAAGCAUAAUUAGAUAUGUCUAUGGUGGAGGUGAGAGUUCCUAACCUGGACUGCGAGGGCUGUGCAGUCAAGUUAAAGAAAGCUAUCUACAAGCUCAAAGGAGUGGAAGAGGUGGAAAUAGAGAUGGACACACAGAAGAUUACAGUGAGAGGGUAUUCGGUGGAGGAAAAGAAUGUGUUGAAGGCGAUCAAGAGAGCCGGGAAGGCUGCGGAGUUGUGGCCAUUUCCUGGGUACUCUCACUACGCAUCAUUUUACAAAUACCCAACCUAUAUUGUGAACCAUUACUACGACGCCUACAACAACAAAAGAGAAGCUACAGAUAGUGUACACACUUUCUUCCACACACCUUCUGUUUAUUCAGUUGCCGUGGCUUCUGAUGAGGCUGUUGCUUCGCUCUUCAGCGAUGACAAUCCCCACGCUUGCACCAUCAUGUGAUCGCACGCAUCAUCGAUGUGAUCUUCUAUAUAUGUGGCUGGACUAACCACAUGGGAAUUUUGCUACAUUUUUUUUUCUUCCCAAGGAGUGAUUUUAUUUGUUAUUUGGGGAUGUGAAUGUAUUCAAUGAGUUAAUGUGCAUUUAAUUUGAUUUUUAUCAGAAUGAGAAUGAGAUGAAGAUCAUAUCUUCUGGUGCAAAAACUUUU